AUGCCGUUGACAGCAGAUCUCAAGGCUCUGGUGGAUGAGUCUGAUAGCUGCGCCAUUCGUUGCGCGGCGCGGAUUUUCGAUGAGGGUUUUGGCUCGACCCGGACUCUGGAUAGCAUCGAUGAGGCAAAGCAGGCCAAGAAUGCUGAGGACGUGGGCCAGGAACAGGCAGAUUGCCGCGAGAUCGGCAUUGGGAUCUUCCUCGCCAUUCUAGCCGGCACCUUCUUCGGAACGACCUUCGAUCUGCCUACGGACCUGGCGGAAGGCCGCAUUGGCGGCUCAAACCAUAGUACCAAGAUUUUGGACUAUGUGUGGAGCCACUUCUUCGGCAUCUUCGCCACGGCAGCGAUCGCUUUGGUGGUCUACGUCGCAGUGAUGCGCAGGAAGAGCUACAUGCCCAAAGAGAUUCUCAUGCCGGCACUGGCGUCAGGGAUUCUUUGGGCCAUCGCGCAAGUGGCCUGGUUUCAGGCGAAUGCCAGUUUGGGCUAUUCCAUCGCUUUUCCCAUCAUCGCCAGCCUACCUGGCAUUCUCGGGCUGUUCAUCGGGACGUGUUUCUUCGGAGAGAUGAAAUCCUCGAGGAGUCGGCUCUACGGAUUGAUGGGACUUCUGCUAAGGCUUCCCGGCGUGGCGUUGAUCGCGGUCUCGAUUUGA